AUGGCGGCGUUGUGCGACAGAAUCGCGACCAUCGCCGGCAGCGACCAGGCAAAGAUAGCCGUGUUGAGAGAGAUCCUUUCCUGGUUUGACAACGACUGGGAGGUGUCGGCGUCGGUGAAGGAAAUGGCCAAGUAUCUCAGAGAUAGCGAGAGGGAUGAGAUCUAUUCCCGAGAUGGAGUCCGGCGGGAGUCCGUCGAGUCCAUCGAGUUUCUCCUCUGGGCGAUGGAGCAGUCGGACUCGGAGGAGCGGAUAGUCAGGCGCAGGUGGUGGGCGUAUAGAUCCAGGAUCGAGCAUCCAGAUAAUGACACCACGAUCAGAUACGCGGUGUCGUUCGUGAGGAUGUUGUUCCAGGUGGUGCCACCGGAGUGGUUGCACGUCAUACGCAACAGGAGGUCGUGGCUGCAUGCGACGUCGCUUCCCUGCCGUUUUCCACGGUUACCUCGACGAUCUCCUCGUCUCAACUGCGGCGGUGGCGUUUAG